AUGUUCAAGAACUUUCUCCUCAACGCGCCAUUCGGGCAAAUUACACUUCAAUUGGGUAUUUCUUUUUUCAAGCACACCGAUUCCGAGACAAGGAAGUUCCACCGUGCAUUGCGGGAUAUCGCGUUCCAAAUAUAUCAGAACGAUCCUUCCUACAGGGAUUAUAUCAACGCCGACUGUCAUUCACCCGAUGACAUUAAAUCCCUUUACGCUGCAUGGAUAGUUUUGUUUAUGGAUUAUUAUCUCAAUCCCCUCGCAAACGUUAGUGGUAGUGUGAUAAUUGUUCUUGGCGGUGUGGAUGAAGCUUUUGAAGAGAACCGUCGGGGGUUUUUAAGGCUAGCCUCGGACUUCCUACACCAUCCUAUCGAGCCUCCGAUCAAAGCUGUUCUGCUUGGGAGGCCAGAAAUAUACGACGACCUGAUGGAAGCUUUGGAUCUACCGAUUUCAACUAUUCAUAUUAAUGCCAACAGGAACAUCGAGGAUAUCACGACCUUUGUUCGGAAAGGCAUCCCCAAGUCCCGGUCAAUAAGUCGGUUUCCGAAACUACAGUGCCUGUCGAUUGAAAAUACCUUAAUAGAAAAGGCCAAGGGCAUGUUCCUCUGGGCCGACCUGAUGUUGACCGAGCUUAAUGAGAGAACCAGGGUUAGCACCAUGCUUGAAAGCCUUCACAAAGCACUCAAGGGAUUCGAUAUGAUGCUGAAGCAUGUCCUGGAGACACUCAGUAGCAGGCUGAACGAGGAGGAGGCAACCGAUCCUAGGGUGGGCGAGAUACUAGCAGUGGAGUUGCAAACCAACUAUAGGAAACUGGGAUUGGAGGACGCAUUGCGUAUACGGUAUACUUCGCUUUUUGUGCUCAACUGGGAGGACGGUUUGACGAUAGCAGACUUAGUCAGUGGGAAAAGAAACAGCUUUGCUCAACCUCGAGAUGACGGAUCGGUUGAGAAUUUUCAGUCUUCCAGCGAGCAGGAACAGGAACAGCAAUUCAAUUCCGAUGAUUUUACAACCCAAGUCGUCUUCUCCCACGCUUCAAUUCGAGACUACCUUCGCAACCCAAGCUAUGGAAAAGUAGCUGCAGGAGAUGAGUCGACACCUGUUGGCGUUGACGUCGUACAGAUGAGCGUGAAAGCUUUGAAUUUUUGUCUAUCAGAAAUAGCUAAUGGGAAUGGUCCCUUCCCGCCGUCCUCCCUGCAUAACUACGCCAUCCACGAGUGGGUGAGCCAUCUAAACCAUGUUUGCAAAUAUUUAGACAAAAUCGAUCAACAGCAGAAGCAAGAAACAAUUGUCUUACUUUGCCGGAUCUCAGGGUAUUCGAAUCUAAAAGAAAUGUUUAACACUGGCGCUGCUCCAUGUCCCGUUACCUUGUUCAUAAAUCGUCAGACUAUCGACUUGAUUGUCUCUCUUCUAGCUGAUCAGGAGUGUGCCAAUAUGAUCGAUGACAUUGAAACGCAGGAAUGGAUACGUGUCUGCAUUCAAGAGCCUGGUCAGCUAUUCGUCCGUUAG